AUGGCCGAAUCAGAGAAAUCUGUAACAAGAGAGCCACGAAACUCGACAUCUCUUACCACGUUCACGUUAUUUCCAAAGCUUCUCCCAGAACUUCGAUCGAAGAUCUGUGAGCUGGAGAUCUUCAACAACCCCAGAAAUAUCGUUAUUGGGAAACAUCAGCCAUCGGAGGUACGAGAAGGCCACCCAAGAUGGAGCGAACACUUCGGAUAUAUGUGCACAAGCGAUGUACCGGCGGUCCUUCGUACUUGCACGGAAGCUCGUACCGAAGGAUUGAAGUAUUACAAGCUGUUGGAGUGGGUUCCGGAAAUUUCGAAGGGGAAAAAGCGGUUGGUUGAAAAACCUGAGCAUCCGGCCAGAACGUACAUAAACUGGAAAGUUAAUAGGAUCGUCAUAUGCGAUGUGGGCAGAUUUUGGAUCCAUAGUUUGCGUAUCUCUGAUAAUGCGGUUGGAAAGGUACAGAACUUCAAGAAACUUCAAGAAACUCCAUGA